UUGUGAUGUGCUUAUUUUGUGGAAAAUUGUUGAGGUAUAAAGGUAUUAUUUUAAGUGUAGACUCAAAUCAUGACGCUAAAAAUACGUGUUGCGGUGAUGGUGUCUCGUUGACUUUUCUUGCGGUGAUGCGGUGUUCGUUAAUUUUUCUUGCGGUGUUACGGUGUUCAGAACCCCCCCAUGUCCCCCUCAUUUAACCACCUCGCUCAAAUGAGACGUGGAGUAUUUUCUAAGUCCCCUUAUUGAAGUACAGUUUUUGGAAUUAUACAGGCCGAAAACAGUCUUUAUGGUCUGUCAAUUUCACCAAUCAACAAUCGCAUCUGACAGCAAAUGUAGUUAGUAGUCAUAGAUGUCGAUAUUUUGGUCGACUAUAUGAUGGUUCAAUCACGAAGGCGAUUUACAGGACGGAAUACUUUCAAGUAUAAUUAUUUGAGCUCUGUUCGGUCCUUUAAAUCGAAAUGCAUCGAUUGGAUUUAUUAUGUUAAAUAUCAUACAUUUUAUUCCACUUUCACUAGUUCCGCAAGAAAUCCGAGCCCAGGGACCUAGGACUGAAGCUGCUUUUAAAGAAGCCAUAGAAAAAGGUAUUAUGUUACUUGGCCAGGACCGUGCAGGGAAAACAAGCCUGAAGAAAUUUCCUCUUGGCAUUCCUUUUGACCCUGAAGAAGAGAACACUGUAGGAGUCAAACUUGAAGCAACCAAGUUUGAAGUGGAGGUUGACCAAGUUAAGAACUGGCAGUGUACAGAUCAAAAGAAACUUGAUUUGUCUGUGUUUCGCGAAGACAUAGCAAAGAUAACUGCCGAACACAUGAAAGCAAUGGAAGGUAGAAAACAGACAUCACACUCAGAUGAGAUUACAAAUUAUGCUGCACAAGUGAAAGAGCAAGGCAAUGGAAGUUAUUCCUCAAAGAGUCAAUUGGAAGUUACUAUCCUAGGAUCCAGUUGGGGUUUUCCACGUUUUGAUUCUUCAUUCUUUUCCCAAGAGUUGGCUAUUCAAUUGGCAAAAUUUGCUGAGGUUAAGGUCAGAUUUCUGGUCCCACAAAAUUCAUCCGGUGAAAUUGAUAAGGGAGCAGCUGCCAGGUAUGGUGUUACCAUUGCUGAAGUAGAGGAGCAACCAGGUUUUUAUGACCCUACUGAUUGGUUGCUUUUCCCACCACGAGACCUCACUACUGACAUCGUAGUUGGUGCAGGUGAAAAGCUUGGCAAAAUUGCAAAUCUUUUCAAGAAACAACACCAGUGCAAAAACAUUUAUGUUGCCAAUGACCCUUUCGAGGAGAGGCGACGUGAAUUAGUUUGCGGCGAGUUAUGGGAAGAUAACGGAAAUGUUGGACUUAGUCGAACGGCUGAUCUUGCUGUUGCCCCUGGACCUAAGAUUUCUGACAAUCUUUCGGCUUCCCUCCGUGGCCACGAGAAACAUGUUUUCAAACUCACUCCUGGUAUACUUAGUGAAUUUUCUAAUGUUAAACAAGCUACUGCUGAGCAAACAAAAUUUCGUAUCUUAAUGCUUGGCAGUGGAAACCCUGACAAUUUUGAACAAGAGAGUCUUAACACUGCCGCGCAAGCAGUGGCAGAGUUGAAUGACAAAUCUUAUCACCUUUUGUUUGCUGGUGCCGCAGAAGGGGAACAUGAGCGAUUUGCUGAAAAAUUUUCUCAGUGUGGUGUUUCAAAAAGUCAGCGAACCAUUCGAAGCCUUCCCAAAAGCAGAGAAAAGUUGAAAAGCUUGUUCUGUGAGGUAGACCUGGCCAUUAUGCCCUCAAGUGAACAGGGAUUUGGAAUGAUGGGUCUCGCAGCAUUAUCUUCUGGUCUGCCCGUCCUAGUACAUGAGGAUUCAGGAUUUGGUGAAGCCCUGAAAGAGGUCAAAUAUGGAACAUCAUCUACAAUGGGUUCUGAAGAUGCGAAUACCUGGGCAAAAGCAAUCAAGAGGGUGCGAAAAACAGAGAGGAAGAUAAGGCUUCAGGAGGCCACAUCACUACGUUCAGAUUAUGAUGAGAAGUACAGCUGGGAGAAACAGUGCGGAGCUUUGGUUCAAAAGAUUUUGACCAUGGUCUCUGCCCAACCAGACCAGACAACUGACCCACAAUCAUAAAAUGACGAAAACUGUUGCUUCUUAAGGUGUCACGGGCAAACCCAUCACUGUGUAGAGACGAAAGGACAUUGGCAUGUACAGUGUAUUAUCAAACUUAUUUUAAGAGCAGCCAAAUGCAUUUUAUUCGAAUUUUAGAAUAGGGACGUUUAAUGCAAUGUUUCAUUAGCAGUGUUGACAGCCAGUGUGCUGUACUAAGGCCACAUUUCAUUUAUUUAUGAACUUAAAGUAUGCUAGGUUGACGUAUUCUUGAAGACUAUUGAGUGUUCAUGCGACAACCUCUAGGUGUUGGCAAAUGGUGUACAUUUAGGGUACAUUUUUAAUUGGUAUAAUACAAGUCAAGCUUGACUAGUUAUUCAAGAUUCCAGGUUGAGUAGUCUUGUACAGUUUUCAUCGCCUUAAGGUGUCGGCACUGAGAGUGGUGCACAUGAAAGGCGUGAAAUAUUUAUUAUAGUAUAAGUUUUUCAUCUUGACUUGUUAUUCAAUACUACAAGUAGAGUGGUCCUGUAGUACAGUUUUCAUAGCCUUAAGGUGUCGGCACCCAGAGUGGUGCACAUUAAAGGCAUGAAAUGUGUAUUAUGAUAUAAGUUUUUAAUUUUGACUUGUUAUUCAAGACUACAAGUAGAGUUGUCCUGUUCAUAGCCGUAAGGUGUCGGCACCCAGAGUGGUGCACAUCAAAGGUAUGAAGUGUUUUUAUAAUAUGUUUUUAAUCUUGGCUUGUUAUUCAAGAUUACAAGUAGAGUGUUCCUGUAGUACAGUUUUCAUAGCCUUAAGGUGGCGGUACCCAGAGUGGUGCACAUUAAAGGCCUGAAAUGUUUAUUACCUGAUUUUUUAUUCAAGACUACAAGUAAAGUGGUCGUGUAAUACAGUUUUCAUAGCCUUAAGGUGUCGGCACCCAGAAUGGUGCACAUCAAAGGCAUGAAAUGUUUAUUACUUGACUUAUUAUUCAAGACUACAAGUAGAGUGAUCUUGAAGCCCAGUUUUCAUAGCCUCAAGGUGUCGGUACCCAGAGUGGUGCACAUUGAGGGCAUAUUGGUAUAAAAUUAGUGUGUAUAAUGUAACUUUUUUAAACUAGACGUGUUGAAGACUAGAAGUAAAGUAGUCGUGUACUACAGCUUUAUACAGGUAUUCAACCAUACGUCUCGGCCCCCAGAGUGGUGCAGACCAAGGGAAAAUUUUAGUACGUUGUGUACUGUACAUUUUAAAGCUAGCUAUAACUAUUUAGGAUUCAGGAUAAAGGAAAAACUAAACAAAAACAGAAGAUUUUUGUUUUUUUAAAAAGUAGAGUGGUCGCGCAGUACAGACUUCAUAGUCUCUUAAGGUCUCGGUACCCAGAGUGUGCACAUCAAGGGAAUUUUAUUAUAAUGCAAGUUUUCAAUUUUGACUUGUUAUUUCAAGACUGCAAGUGGAGUAGUCCAGUGAGGUGUCGGUACACAGAGUGGUGCACAUCAAAGGCAUAGAAUUUUUAUUUUGUAAUGUAAGUUUUUGACUUAUCACUCUUAAAGACUACAAGUAGGUGUAUCUUAGUUAUCCUCAGUUUAGUACAGCUUGCUUUUCAAGCAACUUUAUAUCCAUGUUGAUUGUGUGUUUUAAAUUUAUUUUAUCAGACUACAUGAUUGUAUUUUUUUGUUUUUAUCGUGAGCACUAACUUACAAGUAAUUGCUUUGCUACCAUCGUGUAUAAAUAAAGGUUUCAACUUAUUUUUA